AUUACAUUUCUGUCUUCAGAACUUCGCAAAAAGAUCCUCUCUCGGUUUCCGACGGGAGGCGAUGGCGGUGGAAAGUGGCGGAGGGGGUUUGUCGGAGUUGUACUCAAGCUCUAAGCGCUUAUCUAUUAAGAUCAGAGAUGAUUUGGAGAGGCUUGAACGCUUAGAAUACACAUCGUCGGCGUCGGCGUCGGCGUCUUCGCUCUCAUCAUCGAGCGCGGUUGUUGGAUCUUCCGAUGAUCAGGGGGCUGCAAUUCGAAGAGAUUUAAACCAGAUCCAGUCCAUUUGCGUUGAUAUGGAUCGACUCUGGCGUUCCAUCGCAUCCAAGCCGCAGCGUGAUCUCUGGAAAAGAAAAAUAGAACAAGUUAGCGAGGAGGCUGACUCAUUUAGAGCAAGUCUGGACAAAUACCAAUUAAGGCAACAGAAACGAAUACAAGAAGCACAAGAGAGAGCAGAAUUACUUGGAAGAGCUAGUGGGGAUUCACAUGUUCUGAGAAUUUUUUACGACGAGGCACAGGCAGUGGAAUCAGUCCGCAGAUCAUCCAGGGUACUAGAAGAGUCUUUUGCAACUGGAGUUGCGAUACUUAACAAGUAUAGCGAGCAACGAGAUCACUUAAAGAGAGCUCAAAGGAAAGCCCUGGAUGUUGUCAACACUUUAGGGCUUUCAAACUCACUGCUGAAGCUCAUCGAGAGGCGCAGCCGUGUUGACAAAUGGAUCAAAUAUGCCGGCAUGGUUUUAACAAUCGUCAUCCUCAUUGUUUUCUGGAGGUGGACGAGAUAAAAAAAAAAAAUACUUUGUGCACUCCCGGCCGAGCUGGAC